UUUUUAACACUCGGAAUCCGAUCCACGUCCCCAGUUGGAACCCAUUUCCGUAGUCAAAACCCCAGAGAACGUAGCCACAAGGGCAAAACCCUUCCCCCCGCCAUGGCACGCGUAUCCCGGUCCUCCCCCCCGCGCCUCCUCUACUCCCUCUGCUGCACCACUGCAUCGCGGUCACCGGCGUCGUCCCUCAUCGGCGGCGCCUUCCAUCUCCGCCACUUUUCAGCCGGGAACGCGGCGCGCACGAAGCCGGACAAGGAGCCGUGGUGGAAGGAGUCAAUGGAGCGGCUCCGCAACAUCGGAAUCUCGGCGCACAUCGACUCCGGGAAGACAACUCUGACGGAGCGGGUUCUGUACUACACUGGUCGGAUCCACGAAAUCCACGAGGUCAGGGGCAGGGACGGCGUCGGCGCCAAGAUGGACUCCAUGGACUUGGAGAGGGAGAAGGGAAUCACCAUUCAGUCUGCUGCCACCUACUGCACUUGGAAAGAUUAUAAGAUUAACAUUAUUGACACGCCUGGUCAUGUUGAUUUUACCAUCGAGGUUGAGAGGGCUUUGCGCGUCCUUGAUGGUGCCAUUCUCGUUCUUUGUAGUGUUGGUGGGGUGCAAAGUCAGUCCAUUACUGUUGAUCGGCAAAUGAGAAGAUAUGAAGUUCCAAGACUUGCAUUUAUCAACAAACUUGAUCGGAUGGGAGCAGAUCCAUGGAAAGUUUUAAAUCAGGCUAGAUCUAAGCUUCGGCAUCAUAGUGCUGCAAUACAAGUUCCAAUAGGUUUGGAAGAUGAUUUUAAGGGACUGGUUGAUCUUGUGCAGUUGAAGGCCUUCUAUUUUCAUGGUUCAAAUGGUGAAAAUGUUGUUGCUGAAGAAGUUCCUGCUGACAUGGAAGCCUUGGUGGAAGAAAAAAGACGUGAACUCAUAGAAACCGUGUCAGAGGUUGACGAUAAACUUGCUGAAGCUUUUCUUGGUGAUGAGACCAUAUCAGCUGCUGAUCUUGAGGAAGCAGUUCGUAGGGCUACCAUAGCACAGAAAUUUAUACCAGUAUUCAUGGGUAGUGCUUUCAAAAAUAAGGGGGUACAGCCGCUUCUGGAUGGUGUAAUUAGUUAUCUGCCAUGUCCAAUAGAAGUUAGUAAUUAUGCCCUUGACCAAGCUAAGAAUGAGGACAAGGUUGAGUUGCGUGGAAGUCCUGAUGGGCCACUUGUGGCAUUGGCUUUCAAGUUGGAGGAAGGGCGGUUUGGUCAGUUAACAUAUCUAAGAAUUUACGAGGGUGUGAUUCGGAAGGGUGAUUUUAUUAUUAAUGUAAACACUGGCAAGAAGAUCAAGGUUCCUCGUUUGGUUCGGAUGCAUUCUGAUGAGAUGGAGGACAUUCAAGAGGCUCAUGCUGGGCAAAUAGUUGCUGUAUUUGGUGUCGAAUGUGCAUCAGGAGAUACUUUUACUGACGGUUCAGUUAAAUACACAAUGACUUCUAUGAAUGUUCCUGAGCCAGUGAUGUCAUUAGCCGUACAGCCGGUUUCUAAAGAUUCUGGAGGGCAAUUUUCAAAAGCUUUGAAUCGCUUCCAAAAAGAAGAUCCUACAUUUCGUGUUGGCUUGGACCCGGAGAGUGGGCAGACAAUCAUUUCUGGAAUGGGGGAACUGCAUUUAGAUAUCUAUGUUGAACGCAUUAGGAGAGAGUAUAAGGUUGAUGCUUCAGUUGGAAAACCCCGUGUUAACUUCAGAGAAACUGUUACUCAACGUGCUGAUUUUGACUAUUUGCAUAAGAAGCAAAGUGGAGGACAAGGUCAAUAUGGACGGGUAAUUGGGUAUAUUGAACCACUUCCUGCAGGGUCAUCAACUAAGUUUGCAUUUGAAAACUUGCUUGUGGGUCAAGCUAUUCCAUCAAAUUUUAUCCCUGCAAUUGAGAAAGGUUUCAAAGAAGCUGCCAACUCUGGUGCCUUAAUUGGACAUCCAGUUGAAAAUCUUCGAGUUGUCUUGACAGAUGGUGCUGCCCAUGCUGUUGAUUCCAGUGAACUUGCGUUUAAGUUGGCUUCUAUCUAUGCUUUUAGACAGUGUUAUGCAGCUUCCAGACCGGUUAUAUUAGAACCUGUUAUGCUUGUUGAGCUGAAAGUACCAACAGAAUUUCAGGGAGCUGUUGCUGGUGACAUCAACAAGAGAAAAGGUGUGAUUGUUGGAAAUGAUCAGGAAGGAGAUGAUUCUGUUAUUACUGCUCAUGUCCCUCUUAACAAUAUGUUUGGAUACUCUACAGCUCUUCGCUCAAUGACACAGGGCAAAGGUGAAUUCACCAUGGAAUACAAGGAACAUUUACCAGUUUCUCAUGAUGUACAGACGCAACUGAUAAACACGUACAAGGGAAAUAAGGAAGGUGAAUAAUCAGCUUUUGUCGAAGUACAUGAUAAAAAAAUUUUAUGACAAUCACUUACUAAAAGAAAAAAAAGUUGUGACAAUAAUAUAGGAUAUAGGCUUGAAUUGAUUCAUUUUUUAGAGGGUCAACCAAUUUUGGAAAACAAAUAAAAGUUACUGUAAUUUUGAUAAUAUGGUGUACGAAUAAUUUAUUUAUAUCUCAGGUAGUUAAAUGGUUAUGGGUCCUAACUCCUGUGUAAGUUACACAUGUUCGUAUUUGUCGAUGAAGAUGACUUCUUAGAUUGUUGAUUAAGAGCUCUUCGAUAUGUAAUUUUAUGUUCAUUACGAUGCCAUUACAUUCUACGAAUUUUGUACUUAAACAAACUACUACGUAUUUGGUUUUUA